AUGGAUCCCCUGGACAGAGCUCAAGUUCUCCUCCAUUGUGAUCUGUGUCAAACAGCUGCACUACAGAGUCAUUGUACACUAUGUCAGAUUAACCUGUGUAAGGCCUGUGUAUGGGAGCAUCUUUCUGAUUCGUCAAAAAGACAUAAUGUUGUGCCAUACAAGCACAGAAAAUCUGCUACUUAUAACUAUCCAAAAUGUCCAAACCAUUCCCAGAACCAAAGUGAACUUUACUGUGAUCAAUGUGACAUUCCUGUCUGUUCUACCUGCAUCUCCUCUGGAAAACAUAAAGGACAUCAUUUAUCAGAUGUUUUACAAAAAAUCAGCUCCAAAAUAAAAGACAUGGAAAAAGAAUUAAAAGAACUUGAUACUAAACUUUUCCGAAAAUAUGAAGAAAUUGCUUCAGACAUCAAAACCAAAAAAGAAAACUUGGACACGCACUACAGGAAACUGACAGCAGCUGUCACCAAACAAGGAGAAGACUGGCACAGAGAAAUUAACAUCAUUGUCAACAAUAAAAUUUCUGAAAUUGAUGUUAUGAAAACUAAACACCUGGCUGUUCUAUAUAAACAGGAAAACGAAAUGAAACAGAUUGCUUCUGAUGUUAAACAGAGCAUUGUCGAUCUGAAGAACAUUCUGGAAUCCAAUGAAGUGUCCCUUACCUCUGCAUACAAAUCCAGAAAUGCAGAGUUCAGACGUUUACCUCCAGACCUCAACAUUUCAUUACCAAGUUUCUCUCCUCAUCAGAUCAAUACAGUUCAGCUCAAUCAAAUGUUUGGCUCUCUUUCAGCAUUAUCAAUUACAAAAGAAGAAUUCAGUUACACAGUCAAAUCACUGCUUGAUGAACCAGAGCUCAUCACCAUCAUAAGUACUGGGUAUGAAUUUCUACACAGUGUUAUCUGCCUUAGUGAUGAAGAAAUCUGGACACAUGGACAUGACAAAAUCAUGAAACUCUACAACCUCAAAGGUAAAAGACUGAAGUCAAUCAAAACCAAGUCUGGGAAUGAGCCACGUGACAUAGCAGUGACAAGGAGUGGAGAUCUAGUUUAUACUGACCCUAAUACAAGAACUGUAAACAUAGUGAAGAAUAAACAGAUACAGGAAGUGAUCAAACUACAGGGGUGGAUACCUCUCAAUGUCUGUAGUAUCUCUUCUGGUGACCUCCUGGUUACCAUGACAAGUGAUGAUGGUACACAAUCAAAAGUUGUCCGUUACUCUGGCUCCACAGAGAUACAAACCAUUCAUUUUGAUAGUGAAGGCAAACCUAUGUAUUCAUUUGGUUCUAUUACAUACAUCAGUGAGAACAGAAACCUCGAUGUAUGUGUGGCUGACUACGCAGCCAGUGCAGUAGUGGUAGUUAAUCAGGCAGGAAAAUUCCGAUUUACAUACGAUGGUCAUCCCUCUACUAACAAGAAGAAAUAUACAUUUAAUCCAGUCGGCAUCACAACAGACAGCCAGAGUCAAAUCCUGACAGCAGACUUUGACAACAACUGUAUCCACAUCCUAGAUCAGGACGGACAGUUCCUCAGUUAUAUUGAUAAUUGUGAUCUACAGCGUCCAUGGGGUUUAUGUGUAGACACAAGAGACAACCUCUUUGUGACUGAGUGGAAAAGUAGUAAAGUGAAGAAAAUCAGAUACAUGUAAACACUGCAUUAUGUCUAGAAAUGACCGUGAAUAAGAUUUAGUUAGGCACUGAGGGUUAAAAGUCAUCUGACUUAGGACUAAUCAAAUCAAAUUACAAGAAGUAUAUGCA